AUGUCGAGUUGUCGCCACAACAGCGCAACCAAGACAGCUGAUCCGCUCCCUCAGCUUCAACAGCAACUCCGCAUCCGCGACAGUCGAUCCAGUAUCCUGUCUCAGCACGAAGUUGACGCUAUCUAUGCAGCUGAGUACGGUGAGCCUACCCAGCAAGACUGCAACGACUUCCUUUUGCUCUUCCUUGGUCUACACGAAGAUAUCAUGGAAUUACAAGGAGAGUUGCUUGAGAUCACAGCAAGAGGCGCGGACGCUAUGACUAUAGCACCUUGUUUCUACGGCCGAUUGAACGUCAUCAUGAAAGAACGAAUCGAGACCCUUGCAAGCGGGAAGCCACUUAGUGUUGAGGGCUAUCCUCUCACUUAUCCAGGGCCGAUGAUGUUGCGUUGGGUUCGCGAGUAUGACAUUGCCAUGCCUUCGUUAUACGAGCAUAAAGAGGGCUUGCUUGCGGCUCAAGUACAGCAGUCUUUGUUUGAAGCACCCACCACAAGUACCUCUACAUCAACCUGUGAACGCAACACCCCACCAGCGGAGGCACCAAAGAGACGCACCGUCAUGUCUAUGAGCGAAUUUCUGCACAGUGGCCCUUUAGACAUACCAGCCAGUACACCCUCAGAUGUUGGUGGCGGUGCGCCGCGCCUCUCAAGUCGCCUCAGCGACAGCCGACUGCGUUUCAUCAAGAAGGUACCAAUUGACCUCAGAAGCGAUCUUUGCUCUCCGAGAGACCGAAGAGCGGCCCUUGCUGUGUAUGACGAGGCUAUUGAGAACAUCAAAAACGGAAAAGGACAUCAUACCGACGUGGAGACAGAGGCCGAAGCCAAGAUUGAGACAAUACUGGGAAUAAGAAGCGCAGCUCCGUCUCACCUUGUGUUCCGGAAGAACCUUCUCUUACCAAUCGAUCCAACAUACGCAGAACCUCGCAUAGAGGCCAGCGAUGAUACGUUAGGAUUGUUCCCAGAAAGGGCCAUUGAGAAAGAGAAGAGCAUGAAAGGUAGCCCUAUUCCCGAUCCACCCUUCAACUUCUCACCCGACCAUAAAGCCCUCAUUAUAUCGAAUCAUCCACCAAUCACUCCCAAAACGACCAUGAUGAGCUCACUACAGCAACUUGCUGCUGCUGCCGCCGAGGCCCACUCAAGUUUCAACUCCAUCCCUAACACGACUGACAACCGGGCUAGCACGUUCGACACCAUUCCUGGGAACCAUACCGAGAAAGAGCGAGAGGCUGCAGCCACGAUGCUAAUACUGAAUAAGCUGGUUGUGUACCCCAAGGAAGACAAAGAGGCCGCAUGUAUACUGUUGGCCAUGAACGAGCCGGGUCUAUCCCCCGGGAGCGAUAGCCAGCGAACGAUUACUGAUAGUGAGCGGACGAUCAGUGUGACCCCAACACCUGUUUCGAUACCACCUCGCUCGGUCACGUCACCCACACCCACUCCAGUAGCUACUCAG